CUGAAUUUUUAGACUUAGGCCUCUGGCCUCCAACCAAAUAGGGCAUGUAUUUUCUUGAGAUAAAAUGCUGCAGAGAACAUAAACAGAGCAAAGUUGGAGGAGAGAGAAGACUGAUGAACGCCACCACGCCCACAAAAAUAGCCCAAACUCUCCCUUACUUCACCUCUCUAUUUCACCCUUCUUGAGGGGUGGAAAAGAUUAGAUUUUUGAACGUGUGGACAAGAAGUAGGAGGGGUUUUAGUGUGAAGAAAAUGGCUUGGAGUUUGGAGAAAAGUAAUGGGAAUGUGGAGACUAAGGUAGUUUCUGUGAGUCCUGCAACAGAAGAUUAUGCUGAAGAGACAAUUGAAGUUAUCAAAGCUGAGAAAGUUAUAACUGUGCCCACUGAUACACUAUAUGGUUUUGCUUGUGAUGCUUGUUCUGCAGAGGCAGUGAAUCGUAUUUAUGAGAUCAAAGGACGUGACUCAAGCAUCCUUGAGAAGUCAUUAAACCCUGGAUUAGAGAGCAUAGGGGUUCGAGUGCCUGACUAUAACUUCAUCAGGGCAGUUGCCCAUGGUUCUAGAAGUGCCCUUUCACUUACUAGUACAAACCUCAGUGGACAACCGAGUAUCAUAAACAUCAAAGAUUUUGAGAACCUUUGGGAGCAUUGUGCAUAUGUCUAUGAUGGCGGAAUUCUUCCAGCUGGGCGAGCAGGAUCAACAAUGGUGGAUCUUACCAAGUUGGGGAAGUACAAGAUUCUAAGACCUGGGAGUGCCAAAGAAGAGACGGUUGCUAUCCUUGAAAGACUCUCCCUACUGGAAGAUGGGACUGGAGAUUAGCAAGUUGUUGUUAAGUUGAAUCUGUUCAGCAGAAGAGGACUUUUUUUUGUAUUAUUUGAAAACAUCUUAAACAUCACAAAAGUGCAUAAACACACUCCUAGAACGGAAUACAUUUCCUGUAAUCAAUAUCUAACCAUAUGACGUUUAGUAGUUGGGUACUACCUCAGGCAUCCGUAACUUCAACCACCAAAUGGCCUUGUAACGCUUACAACAACAUGCCUUUAAAGAAAGUACAUCUGCAACCAAGAGCAGAUUAUGUA